GACCAGAAACUGUUCCUAAAACAAGUGAGCGUGCUCGACCUAGGCUUCGUAAAAUGUUCAGCAUGGAUAUGUCCUCCUCAUCAGCUGACAGUGGCAGUUUAGCAUCAAGGUGCUUAACUCGUGCAUGCUUUGUUUUUUUCCCUCACGUUACCACUUUUCCCCCUUCGUGUCAUUGCAAACAUAAGCUCUUGUGAUGUCCGUUUGGUUUUGGUUUUGGUUUCUUAAUUUUCGUUCUAAGAAUUUGCAUGACUAACCAAAAGCAUAACCGCCGCUCAUUCUGGGACAUGACUGGUCACUCCCAGGACAGCAUUCUCUUACACUAACCGCUCUUUGGUUUUUGUCUGUUAGGAGUUUCUUAAAAAUCCUUAUUACAAACGUUGUCCUCCAUUUUGUAAGUAUUUUCCACUUCCUAGGCGUAAAGAGAUAAGCAUGCUCCCUCCUUGAUGGAGAGCUCAUGUGGGCAGUCCUCACAGAGGAAAAUGGGCCAGGAAAUAUAGAAGACUUUUUCUCAUGAUUUCAUCAAAAGAGACAUGCAAUAGAAAAAAAAAAAAUUAAAAUCUGCCACAUGGAGUCGUUUUUAGUGGAUAAGACCAAAUCUACAGGACUUAGAAUAUACUUUACCAUUGGCUUUUGUAGAGAACAUUAUUGUGCGGUAGAAUAUAGAGCCUUUGCCGACUGGAACUUAUUGCUUUGGGCUUGAGUUUUCUCAUUAAGUCCUACCGUGAGACAAUACUCAUUUAGAAAUGAAAUGAUUUAUAUACAGUCCCAAAGCUCUUUGUGGAAUUGCCUUUUUGAAUGGUCCACGGGGGCACAGAAACAUCAGCUGCAUUGCGCUUCUCGUGACACCAGAAAAAUCACCUGAACCAAGACAAAUUUCAGUUUUGACCGUGCACAGUGGUAAAUCAGAGGGGUGUUAACUUAUUCUCUUCCACUGCACUCGGUUGAGUCCUGAAGGUACCAGGACUCGUUGACUCCCUUCAGGACCAGACCUGAUCCAAAACCAUAAAGAAUGUGCUUGUAAUUGGUUAGAGUCCAGCUGGAAGUUAGACUUGAUGUGGGGUUGGCUCCACUGUUCUGAAAAUUGCCUGGGGUGAUCAAUUUCAUGGCCUUCCUAGGAGGUAAGUCUUAGAAAAAUACCCAGUUUGCCUUGGCAUUCCAAGAGCUUUCUAUGCGAUGUCCCGUACUGAAGUCCAAGGUCCUGGGAACAUAAACACAUGAGUGGGCACCAAGGGUUCACAUAAAUGUUCUUCGGUCUCAGGAUGCCAUGAAGGGCUCUGCCAAGACCUAUUCAUCUGUCCAUCCAUCCAUCCAUCCAUCCACCCAUCCACUCACUUAUUGACAUGUGUACUGUCGUCCAUGACAAGAAAAGUGGCGAGCCCACGCAGUGCACCAUGCUGUACUCGCGCCAGGGGACCACGGAAACCAUAGCGGAGGUGGAGGCCGAGCAGGAUGACGAGGCGGUGGCCAAAGAUGCCGAUCAGGGAGGGGAGGAGGCAGCGGACUUGGGGCCGGAGGAGGCCUCGGAGGCCUCGGAGGCCGGCCUCACCCCAGAUGCCGAGCUGCCGCACUACUCCACCGAGGAUGGGGACGUGGAGGCGCCUCCCUCCUACAGCAAGGCGGUCAGCUUCGAGCGCCUGUCCUUCGGCUCGCGGGACGACUCUGCAGGCCAGAGCCACAUGGCCGUGAGCCCUGACGAGAGCCGCUCAGACAGGCUCGAGUCCAGCAUCUUACCGCCCCUGACUCACGAGCUGACGGCCAGCGAGCUGCUGCUGAACAAGAUGUUCCAUGAUGACGAGCUGGAAGAGUCCGAAAAAUUCUACGUUGGCCAACCCCGGUUCUUGCUGUUGUUCUAUGCCAUGUACAAUACUCUGGUGGCCCGCUCAGAAAUGGUGUGUUAUUUUGUGAUCAUCCUCAACCACAUGGUCUCUGCCUCCAUGAUCACCCUUGUGCUUCCCAUUCUGAUCUUCCUCUGGGCCAUGCUGUCUGUGCCCAGGCCCAGUAGACGAUUCUGGAUGAUGGCCAUUGUCUACACAGAGGUGGCAAUUGUGGUCAAGUAUUUCUUCCAAUUUGGCUUCUUUCCCUGGAACAAGAACGUGGAAUUGAACAAAGAUAAACCUUUCCACCCACCGAAUAUCAUAGGAGUGGAGAAGAAAGAAGGCUAUGUCCUUUAUGAUCUCAUUCAGCUCUUGGCUCUUUUCUUCCAUCGGUCCAUUUUGAAGUGCCACGGCUUAUGGGAUGAAGAUGACAUCACCGACAGUGGCACAGACAAGGAAGAGUCGGAUGAUGAGCUGUCCCUCAGUCGUGGCAGGAGAGCCUCCUCUGAUUCUCUGAAAUCCAUCAACCUGGCCGCGUCAGCGGAGUCGGUGCACGUGUCCUUCCCGGAGCAGCCCACGGCCAUCCGGAGGAAGCGAUCGGGCAGUAGCUCCCAGAUAUCCCCCAGAUCCAGCUUUUCUUCCAAUAGGUCCAAAAGAGGCAGCACAAGCACCCGAAACAGCAGUCAAAAAGGAAGCAGUGUUUUGAGCAUCAAGCAGAAAAGUAAAAGGGAACUUUAUAUGGAAAAGCUUCAAGAACAUUUAAUCAAAGCAAAAGCAUUUACCAUAAAGAAGUGAGUCCAUGAAGACAUUUGGUGUGGGGUGUUUUAUUUUAGCGUCAGGGAGCUGAUAUCAAUUAUUUCAUGUAAACCAGGGGUGCAGAGCAGCGAAGUUACCUCUCAUAUCACAAAUAUCAUCUGCUUAAGGCAUAAGAAAAUGACUUGUUAUUGUAUUGUUCUUAAUGGAGAUGUAAUUGACAUACAAAUUAAGUUCAGGCAUACAAUAUAAUGGUUUGAUAGAUGUGUACGUUGUGGGAUGAUCACAAUAGUCAACCUUCAUCACCACCUGUAGUUACAGAUUUUUUCUUAUGAUGAGACCUUUUAAGAUUUACUCUCCUAGCAGCUUUGUAAUGUGAAGUACACGGGGCACCUGGGUGG